AGGAAGUUGAAACAGUAGGCAAGCUGAAUGAAGGCACAUGGUUUAUGUUAUAUUUGGAAAUUCUUGUCCCGGCACUCUGCAGUACCUGCCUAUGACAGCUAUGCUACGCAGUGCGAGAGGUUUGACCCAGUCAUCAUGUCCGCCAGAUACACCCAACCCUACCAGGUACUGUCUACCACAACUACGUCUUCUAAAAUUGGAUACCCAAAACCCACCAGCGAAUCGUCUUUGACUCUACCAGAGGAUCAACCAAUCAAUGACAGCAGCGUCGGAGGGCCAGCAAAUGUCUCAAGAGAAACCAUAUCGGACCCAAAGCCCAGUCCUGGUAAAUCUGACCCCUGGAAACUGGUCACUCUACUACGUGUGGUCAUAGUGAACAUCUUUCUGGGACUGCUGAUCGUUGCCCUGCUCUUGGCCAUCGGAUUUGUUUGCUACAGGUAUAUAUCGUUUGGCAGAGAACGACGAAGAAAUACCAUCAAGAGUGAAACGCAGACCACUCUAGAUGACAACCGCAGUACCGAGCUGCAUUUACUCUCUGACGACAAGCCUGAUGGCCAAAAUCUUCAAGACGCCAACCACAAACAAGAAACAGUUGUGCAUACACACGUUACCUCAAACCAGAACGACCCACAAAGCGUAUUAACGCCUUACGAGACCAUGAUAUUCAAAUUUAAUUGUCCUGGACAAGCAAUCGAGGAUGAAACCGCUGUGUAUGACACUGCUACCGGCGUGUCCACUUUCAUGCCGCAACCUGUAGCUCGUAGAGUAAACGGCAAGUUGGCAAAUACAGAGGAAUCGGCUUACUCAAGUUUUGACGAUGAACAACCAGAAAAUUAUAGUGAAUUCACUGACCUCCAUGGCAUUGACAAGGAUUCCCUGAAUCCGCAGAAUGUUAAGAUGGUAGCGGAUCUUAUCGAACACAGAGGUCACAAGUGUGACCCAAAUAAAACUGCAGACGAUUCAAGCUCCACGAGCUCAAAAAGAAUUUACGAAGUACCAGAAUACCGAGUUGUUUCGAGCAGUACGAAGGAUCCAAAACAGCGCAAUGAGGUCAACAAUGUAAGAAAUAGCCUACAUGCAAACCACACAAACUACUCUAAUAAAACUGCGAACAAUCAUGCAGAUCAGAAUCACUAUGGUGAGAUCGUCGUCAAAGUGGGAAACAAUGUUAGCGAUCACAGACAUAUCCAAGUCGUGCCUGAAGAAGGGUGUCAUCACUCGUCAUCAUCAACAACGAUGCAGCUUAUUCCUGAACACAAGUGCUUGUUGCACAAUAUACCUCCCCCGCCCCCACCCCCUAGCGGGUCUGGCAUGGCAUUAAAGGGACGUAACAGCUGGUCGGCGCUGCAUGCGGACGUUUAAAAGUAUUGUGAUACAUUAUCGAUGAAUGGUGCAAUAAAUAUUUAUGAAUAUUUAUUUAAAUGUAUUGCUAUAUUGAGUCCACUAAUAAAGGGGCAUUUCAAUAGAA